AUGACCCUGAGGUUUCUUCACCCCUCCGACAGAGGUCACAUUCUCAUCGGCGGCUUCUCCAAUCCUUGCUGUUCCAACCCUUGUCAAAACCGAGGGGAGUGUCUGACUGUUGGAUUUGACCGGUAUAAGUGCGACUGCACUCGGACGGGCUUCUAUGGUGAAAACUGCACCACGCCUGAAUUUCUAACAAGAAUUAAAUUACUGCUGAAGCCCACUCCAAAUACAGUGCACUACAUACUUACCCACUUCAAGGGCGUCUGGAACAUCGUCAACAACAUUCCCUUCCUGCGAAAUUCAAUCAUGAAAUAUGUGCUGACAUCCAGGUCACAUUUGAUUGACAGUCCACCGACUUACAACGCAGAUUAUAGCUACAAAAGCUGGGAAGCCUUCUCUAACCUCUCCUACUACACCCGAGCACUUCCUCCUGUGCCCGACGACUGCCCCACUCCCAUGGGUGUGAAGGGGAAGAAGGAGCUUCCCGAUUCAAAUGAGAUUCUGGAAAAAGUUCUUCUAAGAAGGAAGUUCAUCCCUGACCCGCAAGGCACAAACAUGAUGUUCGCUUUCUUCGCCCAGCAUUUCACCCAUCAGUUUUUCAAGUCUGAUCAAAAACGAGGACCGGCUUUCACCACAGGCCUGGCCCAUGGGGUGGACUUAAGUCAUGUUUAUGGUGAAGCUCUGGAUAGACAGCAUAAACUGCGCCUUUUCAAGGACGGAAAAAUGAAAUAUCAGAUAAUUGAUGGGGAGAUGUACCCUCCCACCACCAAAGACACCCAAGUAGAGAUGAUCUACCCAGCCCAUGUCCCCGAGCAUGCGCGCUUCGCGGUGGGCCAGGAGGUCUUUGGCCUCGUGCCCGGUCUGAUGAUGUAUGCCACCAUCUGGCUGCGGGAACACAACAGAGUGUGUGACGUGCUUAAGCAGGAACAUCCGGAGUGGGAUGAUGAGCGCUUAUUCCAGACAAGCAGGCUCAUACUGAUAGGAGAAACUAUUAAGAUCGUGAUUGAAGACUAUGUGCAGCACUUGAGCGGAUAUCACUUCAAGCUGAAGUUUGACCCAGAGCUGCUCUUCAGCCAGCAGUUCCAGUACCAGAACCGCAUUGCGUCCGAGUUCAACACGCUCUAUCACUGGCAUCCCCUUCUGCCCGACACCUUCCAAAUUGAUGACCAAGAGUAUGACUUUCAGCAAUUUCUCUUCAACAACUCUAUAUUAUUGGAACAUGGACUUACCCAGUUUGUGGAAUCAUUCACCAAGCAAAUUGCUGGCAGGGUCGCUGGUGGUAGGAAUGUUCCACUUGCAGUACAAAAGGUGGCAAAGGCUUCAAUUGAGCACAGCAGAAAAAUGAAAUACCAGUCUCUGAAUGAGUACCGCAAACGCUUCAACAUGCAGCCCUACUCAUCAUUUGAAGAACUUACUGGAGAGAAGGAAAUGGCUGGCGAGUUGGAAGCCCUGUACGGUGACAUUGAUGCUGUGGAGCUGUAUCCUGCCCUUCUGGUGGAAAAGCCUCGACCAGAUGCUAUCUUUGGUGAGACGAUGGUAGAGAUGGGAGCACCAUUCUCCUUGAAAGGACUCCUGGGUAACCCUAUAUGCUCGCCACAGUACUGGAAACCAAGUACUUUUGGAGGAGAAGUGGGUUUUGAGAUCAUCAACACAGCCUCCAUUCAGUCCCUGAUCUGCAGAAAUGUGAAGGGCUGUCCUUUCACGUCCUUCAAUGUUCCAGACCCGCAACUUGCCAAAACAGUCACCAUUAACGCGAGUGCCUCCCACUCCAAACUGGAUGACCUCAACCCCACUGUACUACUAAAAGGACGUUCAACAGAGCUGUAGGAAUCAGUCAAGCAUAUUUAUUUAUUUAUAAGAAUCAUUUUCUUUAACUUAUUUAAUAUUUAUAUGAAGUGCCUUAUGUUACUUUAACAUCUUGUGUAACAGAAGGCAGUAUACUUGCUGCAUUGAAAAGUGUCAUAUUUGUGAAAAUUCCUGUGAUAUUACUUUCAAGGUGUAUUUAUUUCAAGUUCAAGUAGGCCGUAGUAUUUAGUCUCUUGUAUAAACCGAUGGGAAAUGAGUGUUGACAUCUUUUUACUUGAAUUUCAAUUUAUAUUAUAUUGUAAUAGAAUCAAAGCAAAGAUGUUUGAACACUUUAAUGCUGUUACAUAAUAGCAAAAUGCUGCACAUUUCUACACUGUCAUCAUGUCCAGUGCAUCAGAAACAAAUAAGGUCAAGGAAUUUUAAAUGCUGGACAUUUAAUUGCAAUGAAUGUUUGAAGCAUAGGCUGCCUGUAGUUUUAUAUUUUUUUAAAUAGACUUGAAACAGUAAUUGGAAGUUUUCAGACUAUUGUAUGUAAAGAGAUUCCAGAGUUCAUGUGACUAAUAAGAAAAUCUGUAAAAGCAAAAGAUCCUUCUCUGAAAACAAAGAAGAAACCAAAUUAAAGUUUUUUUUUUUUUUUUUUUUUUUUUUGGUGGAACUGGGCAUUGAACUCAGGCCCAUGUGCUUGUCAGGCAAGCGCUUAUUCUACUGAGCUAUCUCCUGGGUCCUUAAAGUUCAAAUAUGGAUUUAAACACUUGAAGGAGACUCUACUAUAUCCUUGUAUUCUCCAGCCCUGGCACCUGGCAGAUUUUGCUGUGAAGUUAAUGAAUUGCCAGGCAUAAUGGCACAUGCCUGACAUCCCAGCAUUUGGGAGACUUUGGCAGGAGGAUUGCCAUGAG